AUGGCUGUCCCUCAGGUCAACGGCGACGUGAGCCCUGCUCACCAGUCUGCCUUUAUCCAGCACCUCCUCAACUACCCGCUCAUCAGCGACGGCAUCACCACCUUCAAGUCCAACGAGUACGCCCAGCGCUCCAUCAAGCUCGGCGACUCGGCCUACCAGACGUUCGCCGCCCCCGUUCUGCCCUGGAUCGCCAAGCCCUACGGCUACAUCUCGCCCUACGUCCAGCGCGCCGACUCCAUCGGCGACAAGGCGCUCGACCGCGUCGACGAGCGCUUCCCCGUCGUCAAGAAGCCCACCAACGAGCUCUACAACGACACGCGCAGCCUGAUCCUGCUGCCCUACAACAAGUCCAUCGAGGGCCGCGACCACGUCUUCCAGGUCUACAGCAGCGAGAUUAAGAAGGCCGAGCAGCAGGGCAUCGUCGCCCAGGGCAAGGCCGCCGUCUCCACCGCCCUCGUCGUCAGCAACGAGACGCUGAGCUGGCUCAGCAGCCUGCUCACGGCCAAGAAGGCCGAGGCCGCCAAGCUCGUCAACGAGAAGGUCCAGCAGUAA